AUGACGGGGUCCGAAGGCUCUUCUGCGAGCAGACUGGAGGUCGCUGGACGACGCUAUUCACAAGAUACCCUCCUGGAUUCAGACAGCGAUUUUGAUGCUCAACUUACAGAAAAAUACUCCUCUAAUCUCCUUUCAGGGAGUAGUACGCCACAGUGGGCCGAGGUUACGUACAACGAAGUCCGCAAGCGUAUCAGAAUUCCAUACUUCUCGAACCCUCUAAAGCUAUUAAAGAGUGCCCUCUACUUUUUAAUACCAAGUUAUCUAGCUUCACAUACGAGUUUGGAGUUUAAGAAGUAUAAGCCAGGCUCGACGGAAUGGUUAGACGGGUUAAGAGGAAUUGCAGCAUUCUUUGUAUUUGUGUACCACCAUGUGGUCGCCUAUACAGGCGAGGAACAUGAUUUCGCAUGGGAUCCGAAGAGACACCCGCAUUGGCUUCAUUUACCGAUUUUACGGCUAUUCUAUUCUGGAACACCGAUGGUUAAGAUCUUCUUCGUUAUUUCGGGUUUCGCAUUGACGUACAAGCCUGUCAAGUUGAUGAGGAAACCAGGAUCGCAAGGUGCCUUGAUGAAGACGCUUGCUAGUUCGAUUUUUAGACGGUGGCAGAGAUUGUUUUUACCGUGUGCUGCGGUGUUUUUCAUGGUUCAUUGCUUGAGGGCUUGGGGCGCCUUCGAUUGGUUCGAGGUCAGACACUUGAAAAAUGCAAAGAUAUUACCGGGCGAUAUCGAAAGGUAUCCUGCAAAGUCGCCAGAUGGGUUUUGGGGACAAAUGGGAAUCAUGGUUACGGAGUUUUGGUUAUUUUCGGUUCGGAAUCCGAUAUUGCAUGCGAAGUAUGAAUUCGAUGCUGAUAAACACAUGUGGACCAUUCCCACCGAGUAUAUGGGGUCGAUGGCCCUCUUCCUUCUUGUCGCCAUGGUCGCCCAUAUUCGCCGUAGUUUCCGCGUGUACGUUGUCCUGCCGGCUUGCUACAUCUUUUGGACCUAUUAUGCAAAAUACGAUUAUCCUCUCUUCAUUUGCGGGUACUUUUGCGCGGAGAUCCAUGCUGCAAUGGAUAUACCCUCUCUUCUUCCAUCAGUCAACGAAGACUCUAUCAAGAAGCAAACCCGCUCGUUCAAGAAAACCGGCAAAACAAUAUUCUUCUCGUUCAUGUUUUUCGUUGGACUAUGGCUACUAUCGUUCCCUACCCGCGACGGCGAUAAAACAUGGGGUUAUAUGACUCUAUGCCAACUCAUGAACCCAAGCGGAUAUUUCACCAAACGUGCGACUUAUCAUUCACUCGGAGCCUGUGUCCUCGUUUGGGCACUUCUAUACCUCCCACGCCUCCAAUCAUACCUCACACUUCCAUUAUUUCAGUAUCUCGGACGCAUAUCCUUUAGUUUAUACCUCAUGCAUGGUAUGGUUAUUAGAACGUUGGGGCAUAGAUUGGUACUUGAAGGGUGGAGUCAUUAUGAACCAGGCGCCUAUGGGAGCAGGAUGUUCAUCGUUGUGGCGGUGUUUUUGUUUGCAGUUUUUCCGUUGGUUAUGUGGAUGAGCGAUGUCUUCUGGAGACUGGUGGAGGCACCGUGUACGAAUUUUGUGAGGUGGUCGGAACAGUUGGUGGUGGCAAAGGAAGACGGAGUUAAGGAGCAAGCUGGGCAGAUUAAGAGUGCGUAA